GCUGCUGAUCCCUGCACCCCAUGGGCUGCCUUCAUGAUUCCAGUUCCCUUGCUAAGGGAUUUUAUCUGAUAAAAAAAUUCAGCAGAGAUUUGGAGCUGCGUAUCCCAAUAUGGAGAAAAUAUGAGUGUUUUAGGGGUGUUUGAGCCCAUUGUUUUAGGCAAAAUAACCGAUGCUGGCCCCAUGUGUGUCUGCACCAUUGCUUUUACAACCUUCCCAAACCUUAUUCACCUUUUCCAAGGAUGUCCUUCUCCAUUUUUUGCCAAGCCAAGGCCCCUCCCUAAAUCCUCUUUGCUCCCAUACCCAGCUCAUUCAGGAUGUGGAUCUUGCCCUGAAUUUUGGCAGGGAUCCCUUUUCCCAUCCCUGAGGAAGAUCCCCAAUGUAUGUAGAUCCAUUCUGCCAAUCCACAGGUACCAGGGCACCCAUGCAGAUAUUUUGGGCAUCACCUUCACUCCCCGGUCCCACCCCAGGAUCAUCUCUAGCUCUGCCCACCCCGAGCACUGGGGUGAUGGGAAGGGAAACGCCUUUCCUUUGCGUGGAGGAAAAUGAAAGUUGGUGGCUCACGGUGGUUUGCAGCGGGGGCCCCAUGGCUGCACCAAGCCCUGUCGCCAAGCUCCCCAGCGAAGCCUCCUGCCCAAUCUGCCUGGAGUAUUUCCGAGACCCCGUCUCCAUUCACUGCGGUCACAAUUUCUGCCGGGCGUGCAUCACCCGCUGCUGGGAGUGGUCCACGGCGAAUUUCUCUUGCCCGCAGUGCAAAGAGACGGCCCCGGAGAGAAGCUUUCGUCCCAGCCGGGAGCUGGCGAGGGUCCUUGAAAUAGCCAAGAGGUUGAGUUUGCAGGCAGCCAGAGGGGAGGCAGUGGAGGAGGAAGGAUGCGAGAGGCACCGGGAGCCUCUGAACGUCUUCUGCAAAGAUGACGAAACCUUCAUCUGCGUGAUCUGCCGGGAGUCCCGGGUGCACCGGGCUCACACCAUGCUUCCUGUGCAGGAGGCUGUCCAGGAAUACAAGGGACAAAUCCAAGCCCAUCUGCAAACACUGAAGGAGGACAGAGACAGACUCCUGGGCUUUCGAGAGGCUGAAAUGAGGAGAAACUGGGAGUAUUUAGAGAAGACCGAGGCCGAGCGGCAGAAGGUUUUGAGCACGUUUGAAGGGCUGCGUCUCUUCCUGGAGGACCAGGCACGUCACAUGCUGGCUCAGCUGGCGGACCUGGAGAGGGCCGUAGAGAAAAUGCAGGAAGAAAACAUCACCAACCUGACGAAGGAGAUCUCUCACCUGGAUACCCUGAUCCAGGAGAUGGAGGAGAAGUGCCAGCAGCCAGCAAGUAAAUUUCUGCAGGACAUCAGAGGCACCUUGAGCAGGUUUGGGAAGGAAAACUUCCAGCGGCCCACGUUGCUUCUUCCAGAGCUGGAAAAUAAAAUCAGUCACUUCAGGGAGAAAAAUAUUGCUCUAGAGGAGACUCUGAGGAACUUCAAAGACAUCCUGAUGUUUGAGCUGCCUGAAAAGAUGAAUGUGACCCUGGAUCCAGCCACGGCUCACCCCCAGCUCGCCGUGUCAGAGGACAGGAGGAGCGUGAGGUGGGAAGAUGCCCAGCAGGAUGCAUCUGAUGAGGGAUUUGGCCCCGAUCCCUCCGUGCUGGGCUGCGAGGGCAUCACCUCGGGGAGAUGCUGCUGGGAGGUAGAGGUGACACCCAAAGGCUCCUGGGCUGUCGGUGUGGCCAGGGAGUCUCUGAAGAGGAGGGAGGAGACCCCUGUGAGCCCCGAGAUUGAGCUGUGGUCUAUGGGUCUCUGUGAGGGCCAGUUUUGGGCUCUCACCUCCUAUGAGCGCACGCCGUUAUCCCAAAUCCAGGUCCCCAGAAGGGUCCGGAUCACCCUGGACUAUGAGAGGGGUCAGGUGGCUUUUUUUGAUGUCGAUAGGAAGGCCUUGAUCUUCAUUUUCUCAGCAGCCUCAUUCAAAGGGGAGAGUGUUCACCCCUGGUUCUUGGUGUGGAGCGAGGGGUCUCAGAUAACAUUGUGUCCCUGAAGCUCUUCCUUCUUACCCAAACACAAAUUUUAUGUCCCCAACACCCCCAUUCCUAGCACUUUGGAGGACUCCUACCAAACUCCUAGUAGGCCUUUCUGGUCUCUCUUCCUAUUCUCAGUGACCCCAAAGGGCUAAGCUUCUCUGUGGGUUAGUGUCCCAAACUGUAAUUGCCAAUUUGGGGUACCAAUGGCUGACAGUUGGACCACGUCUGCCCCAAAACAUCUUGCACCAGACUGGCAGCUUCUCCAGUCUUAGGGUUUCAGAUGAAGUAAAAAGGUUUACAUGCUGUGACGUUCUUCUGUCUGGUUAUUCACUGCUUCUGGCUGUCAGGUUCAUGGGGAUUAAGGGGAAGUCACCAGGAUUGGCAUGGGUUUCUCUUAUCUGUAGAGGUCAGAAUGUUUUAUUUCUAGGCUGGGCACUGCAAACUCAGUACAACAGAUGGAGAAAAAUAGGGACAUUUAUACAUCUGAGUUAUCUGACAGAUUUUAAGCAUGACCCUGAGGAUGGGGGAAAUCACAUCUGCAAAAUUUAUUGGCAGUUUCAAGGGGGACUGGACUUUUGGCUGACUAAGUCCCAUUGCUGGUAUCUGCACAGAGGCUAUGAGUUGGUCAUGCCUGCACCCAGGUAGGUCCACAAGCCCCGAGAAGGUGACCUAGGGCCAUCCUUGAAAGCCACAUGCCACACUGAUCUCAAUCAGAGAGAAAGACAUGGGGGAAGAAAAUAUUUUAUUAUUAAUGGUUGUUACAGCGUUAUGAGGCUUCAAGUAUCAAUCAUUUGAGGAGAAGGGAGAAAACGGUUGAGGCUCAGGAGCAGCUUGGCUGUGGGUGAAUUUUCCAUCACAAAUAUCUGGACUGGCCACCUUUUAUAAGGGAGGAACUCUCUGUUGUAGGGCAUUUUUCCCAUGCAACUAAUGGGAUGUUGGAGGAGGAUGCAUCUGAACAGACAGGGCUGGGGUUGGUAGCAUUUUGGUUAGGCUUUGCCAACUGGGCCUUGUGAUUCCUCCCCACCCACACAUUAUAACUUUUACUGAUCAGUUUUAUGUAAUUAACCCUCUUUUUCCCCAAACUGGUUAGAUUAAAACAUUGUCUUGGGGGUUUAGCUAAAAGCUCCAGCCAGAAUUAGCAUUUUUGCUUACAACAUCUAGG